GAUACAUUCCACAAUUUCACAUCUACCUUGAUCCAAAUAUGUUCAUAUAAAAGUUCGUCCAACCCAACGGAAUGGGUGAGGACGUUUGAAAGUUACAAGAUGUCCAUACAUUAUCGAGUUAAGAAAUUUCAAGAGAGUGAGAUCGAGUUAACCGGUCAGUUUUUGGGCCAAGGGAGAUACGCUGUUGUUUCCAAAGUAACAAUAGGGGGAAGGUACGCCGCGUUGAAAGUGUACAAAGAAGAAGGAUUUUUAGAAGCUGUAGAUGAAGUUAAUACAUUUACCAAAUUGAGGCAUGUAAACAUUAUCAGACUCAUGGGGAUUUUACAUAAAGAUUUCUCUAAGGAACCCAGAGUUCUUCUAGAAUACAUGCCCGGGGGAUCAUUAAAGAUUUACCUUCAAAUGGAAAAUUUAUCUGAGGGUUCAGAAUUGGAGCACAUUCCAAUAAAAUGGUCACCAAAAGAAAGCAUUGAGUGGAAAGUGUUACACAAUCGAAGCGGGAAAUACUCUACUGCAUCGGACGUGUGGGCCUUUGGUGUCACCAUGUUUGAAAUAUUCACGGGAGGAAAUGACCCAUAUACCGCAACAGACUUUGGGGGAACGCAAGGACAAGAAGAUGUGGCCAACGCAAUUUACAUGGAUGCCAGCCCAAUUACAUAUUUAACGCCCCCUGUGUCCGAACAAGUUGUGAGCAUAAUGAGAGCCAUUUUCAAAUCAAAUCCAAGCGAUAGGCCAUCGUUUGUCGAAAUUAGGAGAAUGUUGGAAGUCCAAAUUAGUGCUAUUGGGAGCGUGGAUGCUCCGAUGGUAGGACUAGGAAGCGUUUUCAUAGAUGAUCCCAUUACCCACGAGGCCAAAGUGAAUCAACUUUUACAGUCGGGGGCAGAUGAGAGCAUAUUUACAGAUUCUCCUAACCAUCGGCUUGAAGAGACCAUGCUUAUCCGUGAAAUUUUUAGCUUGGCAAAUUCGAAGGAAAUAAUUCUAAAGUUCAAAGACGGAGAUGAGUUUAUUAAUAGUCUUAAUUCCGAAGGAAUUCUUGGAGCUUCCCAUUAUGACUACUUGUGCAAAAUCGUCCACAAUUCUUCCAAAUUAGCUGUACUCUGCCAACAUAUAAGAAACAGAUGGACGGAUAAAGACAUUCCGAUACUGAAGAAAGCUCUAACUGCUAGUAAAAAUUUUCUUGUUCUACAAAUUGUAGAUAAAGUUAUUACAGAUGCACUUGCCAACACGUUCAGCAAAAUAAUAAAGCGUACCCGACUCACAAGUCACGACUCAACGCAGGAUAAAGAAGUCGACGCGGAUUACGAAAUGCGGUCCCGAUUAAGUGAUCUUAUUUCCAGUUCAGUUUCAUUUUUUGACAACCAGGAUUUUCUAAAUAGUACACCCCGUCCGAUCGAUGAGGAUACUAUGAUUGUAGAUAAUAUUGACCCAAGGGUUUUAAAUAAACCUUUCGAAGAAGACUUUAACAUAGCGGAAGAAAUAGUUAAGAAAUACGGCAAAAAUAAUUUGCGAGUUUCAAACGUAGAACGAAUAUCUAAAGGACAUAAAGCUGGCUUGAAGGAUUCCUUAAAGAUCAGAAUGAAAUUAAGAAGGAAACCCAUUGGCAGAGUGGCAAAAGCUGAAUUGAAGAGCACAAAGUCUAAAAUGAUUGAAGAAAUGAUAAAAAGCGGAAGUUACAAGGGUGCCCAGGAAGAUUCCACUGUUACAUUUGUGGGAAUACAAACUCUUGAGGAGUGGGAAAUUGAAGCUCCAAAACCAUAUUUGCGAAAUCUGGGCAAGUCAAAGAAAUUAUUAAGGCUAUUCCGAAACCUGCGAGUAAAGAACUCCAAAUAUAAGCAUGAUGCGGGACAGACGGGGACUAAUUUGGAAGGAGAUCAAACAAAGAUAUAUCAAGGACCAACGUUUCCAGACACAAACAUUCAUCCCCAUCCGAUCGAAAACGUGGAUGCAUCAUUAAUACCUGGUGAUAAGCCUAGUUUGUCAUAUUUGUCACAAAUGGAAGCUGAAAGUUUGUCGCCAAACAUGGAAGAUGAAACUGUAGCAGAUUCAUUUUUUUCAUCGCCACUGGCUCCUCAUCAAUCUUCUGACUUCUUUAUUUCAAAGAAUUUGGCAUCAAUUCCCAGCCAAGAAACUAAUAUUAUGGGAUUUAAUGAUUGCCAUAGUGCGGAAUUAAAACCGAACAGUGAUAAUCAUGAUAGCGGAUUUUUUUAAUUUCUUGAGAAAUUUGUAAGUCGUUCCACGCAUUUACACACAUAUGACGCAAUAUUGCAAGUGGAUAUUUGAUAACCCAAGUAUCCACUUGGUUUGGAAGCAAGUGUAGUUAGAGUUUAAUAAGUAUGAGACGUUAAAGGGGGGAAUUUCUUUUACCAUGAACACUUCACCGACGAGUAAAAUUUAAAAUGUACAUCGAGUGGAAGACUGAUAGAACGAUGAGAUAUCCACGUAGUAUUGUAAGUGCAAUAUUAGUUACACCUGAAGAUUUUUAAGGACAAUAAAUUAUAAUUCGACAUUGUUUAUUAAUAAAUAUGAAUCAUUUCAGACGCUCUAAAAUACUUUGGGAAAACGAAGUAUAAUUGUGUUAUAUAACAAUGUUUAUGUAAUGAUGUAUCGUAAAAACAAUAGUGGUAUUCACAGUAACCGAUUAUUGCGAUUAUAAUCAUUAUCGAUUAUAAUCACCCAAAAAUUCUCUAUGGGAAAAAAUAAACCAAUGUGAUUAUAAUCGGCAAAAAAAUAAUCCUCUCCGAGGACGAUUAUUUGGAUUAUAAUCCUUGAUCCAAAUGCAAUUUUUUUUAAAGCGUCCGAAAAAGUAGCCGUGGCUAUGAUACUAUUUAAUGAGCCAUUAAUCCGCGAAUUUAAUUAAAGUGGAAGUUAAGCAGAGUUACAAGUAUUUCCUCAAAAUCCUAUUGCUGUUCAAAUUCUCUUUGAAGCGUUUGAAAUAAACGCACAAAUUUCAGAAUAUUAAUACUUACAUACACUGUAAAGCAUCAGGUAGAGUCACAUACUGAGGGUAGUCCUCAUCCGUGAAAACGAUUUUGACCUUUAAUAUCUUUGGCGCUAGUAGAAAUUUUGAAUUGAAAUUUUUACAAUUUGUUCACCUUAUAGUCAGCAUUAUGGGUGCAAAAUUUCAAUUCGCUAGUCUAAAUGGCGCCAGAGAUAUAUGCAUACGAAAAAAUAGAUCUGUUCUAAAACUUUCCAAAACUGCAUAAAUUUUAAGUUUAAGAAUAUUUUUUAAACCUUCUAGAAUUGUGAAUUGUUUAUGGAAUUUUAUGUGGGUGGUAUGCAAAUUUUUGGCAUCUAUGUGGCUUUCAUA